AUGCGAGUGUCUGCCAUUCAGGAUCUCAGGGAGGAUGAAAAUGAGGAUUGGGAAGAAGAAAAGAUCUUCCUCAAGCCUGUUAUUGAGGACAGAAAUAUGGAACUGGCCCGAAAAUGCAGUGAAUUAAUAAGUGAUAUACACUAUAAAGAAGAGUUUAAAAAAUCUAAAGGCAAGUGCAUAUUUGUACCUGACACCCCGCAGCUAAAACAUGUGAAAAGCCUUGGUGCUUUUAUUUCUGAGGUGAAAUAUAAAGGAGCUGCUAAGAAAGACCUUUCCAACUCUCUGUAUCAGCAGAUGCCAGCCACAAUUGACAGUGUAUUUGCGAAAGAAUUAAUGCACCUUCAGAGCAAGGUUCUCUAUAAACAAAAACAUGAUGCUGAGAAAGGAUUUUCAGACUAUGCACGUAUGAGGGAACCUCCAGAUGUUAAACAUGCCAUGGAAGUCAGUAAACACCAGAGCGAUGUAUCCUAUAAGAAGGAUGUGCAAGAUACUCAUAGGUACACUGAAGUGCUGAACAGACCAGACAUAAAGAAAGCAACUGAGAUAACAAAGAUAAUAAGUGAUGCAAAGUACAAGAAAGGAAGGGGAGAGCUGAAUAAGGAGUCUGCUGUGCUUGGAAGACCCGAUUUUGAACAUGCUAAAGGAGUUUCAAAACUUUUAAGCCAAGUAAAAUACAAAGAGAAGUUCAGUAAGGAAAUGAAGAAUCACCGGUACAAUCCUCUUGACAGUGCUUCCUUCAAGCAAGCACAGAUUGCAUCCACCUUGGCAAGUGAUGUGAACUACAAGAAAGAUUUGGAAAGCCUACAUGAUCCAGCAUCUGAUCUACCAAAUCUGCUGCAUUUAAACCAUGCUUUAAAUAUCAGCAAAACACAGAGUGAUUAUGAAUAUAAGAAAUCAUUUAAGCAAAACAAUUGUUUCUAUAAUUUCAGCCCAGACACUGCAGAACAAAUCCAUUUCAAAGAAAAUGCAGUGCUUCAAAGUCAGGUCAAGUACAAAGAAAAUUAUGAAAAAUCUAAAGGCAGAUCAAUGCUGGAGUUUGUGGAUACACCAAUGUAUCAGCUUUCAAAGGAGGCUCAAAAGAUGCAAAGUGAGAAAAUGUACCGCAGAGAUUUUGAAGAAGGGAUCAAGGGAAGGCCUUCACUGGAUUUAGACAAGACCCCAGAGUUCUUGCAUAUAAAACAAGUCACUAAUCUUCUGAAAGAGAAAGAGUAUCGAAAAGAUUUGGAAGAAGGGAUGAAAGGGAAAGGAAUGACAGUGUUUGAAGAUACACCAGAUUUGAUUAGAGUGAAAAAUGCAGCUCAGAUACUAAAUGAGAGGCAAUACAAGAAAGACUUGGAAACUGAAAUUAAAGGGAAAGGCAUGGAAGUUGGUCCGGAUACACCUGAGAUAAGACGAGCCAAGAAAGCUUCUGAAAUUGCAAGCAUGAAAGAAUACAAGAAAGACUUGGAGAAUGAAAUUAAAGGAAAGGGAAUGGAAGUAGGUACGGAUACCCUUGAUAUACAACGAGCCAAAAAAGCUUCUGAAAUUGUCAGCCAGAAGAAAUAUAAAAAGCAUCUGGGGAGAAAGGGGAUGCAAGUUGGUCCAUAUAUUCCAGAAAUACAGUGUGUCAAAAGGGCUUCAGAAAUAGCAAGCCAGAAAAUGUACAAAGAUGAAGCAGAGAAGAUGCUCUGUAACUAUUCUGCUGUCCCAGACACUCCUGAGAUGGAGAGGAUAAGAAGUACUCAGAAAAACAUCAGUUCAGUGUUUUAUAAGAAGGAAGUAGGAGCUGGCACAGCUGUAAAAGAUACUCCAGAGAUUGAAAGAGUAAAGAAAAAUCAACAGAAUAUUAGUUCGAUUAAAUACAAGGAGGAAAUUCGACAUGCAACAGCUAUUUCUGAUCCACCUGAACUAAGGAGAGUUAAAGAAAACCAGAAGAAUAUUAGCAAUGUUCAGUACAAAGAACAGCUCUGCAAAGCUACACCUGUGAGUGUCACCCCUGAGAUGGAAAGAGUCAAGAGGAAUCAAGAGAAUGUCAGCAUGGUUCACUACAGAGAGCAGCCUGGCAAAGCUACUGCUGUGAGUGUCACUCCUGAGAUAGAGAGAGUCAGGAAGAAUCAAGAUAAUAUCAGCUCGGUGAAGUACAGCAGUGAUCAGAGGCAGAUGAAAGGUAGACGUAGUGUGCUUCUAGACACACCUGAGCUAAGGCAUGUCAAAGAAACACAAAACAACAUCUCAAUGGUAAAAUAUCAUGAAGAUUUUGAGAAGACAAAGGGCAGAGGUUUCACCCCAGUGGUAGAUGAUCCUAUAACAGAGCGUGUACGAAAAAACACCCAAAUUGUGAGUGAUGCCGCAUAUAAAGGUGUGCAUCCACAUAUUGUUGAAAUGGAUAGAAGACCUGGAAUAAUUGUUGAUCUUAAAGUUUGGCGCACAGAUCCCGGCUCCAUCUUCGACAUUGAUCCUCUGGAGGACAAUAUUCAGUCUAGGAGUCUGCAUAUGCUUUCUGAAAGAGCAAGCCGUUACAGUAAGCAGUAUUUACAUUCUACCAGUCUGGGGGAUUAUAAAUCAGAUGGCUCUGACACGAACCCUACCUUUUCUUACUGCAGUGAGAUAACAAGGCCAUCUGAUGAAGGAGCCCCUGUUCUCCCUGGGGCAUAUCAACAAAGCCAGACUCAAGGAUAUGGAUACAUGCACCAGACCAGUAUGUCAUCCAUGAGGUCCAUGCAUUCACAGCCUCAUUCAGCAAGUCUGAGAACAUACAGAGCUAUGUAUGAUUACAGCGCCCAAGAUGAAGAUGAAGUUUCCUUCAGGGAUGGUGAUUAUAUCAUCAAUGUGCAACCAAUUGAUGAUGGCUGGAUGUAUGGUACUGUUCAGAGAACUGGGAAAACAGGAAUGCUUCCAGCAAAUUAUAUUGAGUUUGUUAACUAAUUUUUUGUCUCUAGUCCUUUGAGCUUUAUUAUGAUUUACUUAAAAUCUAACCUUUUAGAAAAAAUCAGAAGAAUCUUUUAAGAGUUCAUGAUCAUUACUUUAUCACUGCUAUAACAGUUUGCAUUUUCACUCAGAAUCCAUUUUAGAGUCCUUUAAAAAAAAAAAAAAUCCACAAGAAGCCCAGAGCUUUGAAAACAGCAUUGCUUAUAAUAGUGCUCUCUCAAAAUGAAAAACAUAUAUGGAAGCCUGGUGUUGCCAGUCCUAUAAAAACUUCAGUCAAUUAACUGUAAAGGGGUAAUGCCUUUUCUUUACACCUGAAAGACGUUAUAACCAUAAAAUUGAUUCACUUCUUAUGGCACUCUGAAGUCACAGGAGGUUAACACACUGAGUUUGAACACAUCUUCAAAUUAUUAGGGAAAUGUUAAAUGUUUAAGCAGUUAGCUUCCUAAUAAAAAAUAAUAUGUUGAGUAGAUAAUGCAGUCAUUUGAAAUGAAGACAAGUAACAUGCCAGUAAAAAAAAAAAAACAGUAAAACCCCCUACUGCCCAGCAGCCUUACAGUAAAUAUGUCUAUUUUGACAGCAAAAAUUUCCUGACUCUUGCAUAUCCACAUUUAUUCUCGGAUUAUCCAUUUUUUUCUUAUUUUCAAGUAAUCUAUUAGCUUUGCUUCCAUCCUAAUCCUAAUCCAUCAAUUAGACCCAGGUCUGGAUUCAUGUUCUUCAGUAUCUUUUCCACAGAAGAUUCCUUGCAAAGACUAUCUAAAAUAUAAAACUUGUCAACUCUUCUGUUUCCUUGUAAUAAUACUUAACAUUUAAACAGAAACUUUCAUUAGGGCAACGUACAACCAAUACUUCAUGUUAGCUCCUUUGCCUUCAUCUGUAGUGCUGUAAAUAAAUACCCCACGUGCGGCCGCGGUGCUGUGCAGUCCCACAGAGCCUGCAGUCACAUCCCAUUCUCACCACAGGUAACUCGCUUACUGGCUGCUUUGCUGAUGAGCUGAUGUCCCUCCCCUGCUGCAGAAACACUUGUGCCUCCAUCGAGCAGUGGAGGUUAUUGUAGUGCAUUUCAGAUCAAUGGCCUAUUGCUUCAGUUUGCUCCCAAAUUCUUGGUGAUCCAACAGUGGGUUGUACGCUUGCCAAAUGAUUAAUGAUGGAGAAGAAUUAUGUUUUCUUUUAGUGACUUAAUCUUUCUCAUAACUGACAUCGAAGAGAAAGCUAACUAAGCAAAAUCCAGCAUACUCUAUUGCCAUUCUGUUUCAGUUUAGCCAUCUGUUGAAAACAGUAAAAUUAUUCUGCUGACAAACCUUCACAUGUGCUAUUUGGUGUCUCUUAACUUACAGCCAGAACUGAGAGAUCCAGGUCUCAGUCUAUGAAGCUGGGAGAGGAUCUAACAGCUGGUGACACAGUGGAUAGUAAGAGGGAUUUUGUCAGCAGGGUUUGGUCACAGGCAACUUCUUUUUGCUUUGACUGUAUUCCCUCACAAGGAGAAAUUGUGGAAGGAAGGACAAAAGAGUUAAAGACUCAUGUGAGAAAUUAUUUCUGUGGAUGCAGAAAUGUGUAAGGAAGAAAAUGUUUUUCUGAUAAAAUAAUUUGUGGAGCUCAGCCAGGUGCUAAGGAAGUUAACUUUGGAGUAGCCCUCAGAAUAUUGAGUCUGCACUGGCUUUAUUUAAUUUCUAAAAUUUUUAAAGUAGAAUUAUAUAUAGAACUUUUGGACAGUUUUGUACUUCUCGUCUCACAUAGCAGGAAACCCUGCAGUAACUAUUUAAAAAUUAAAUAAGGAAGGCAGUAUGGAUUUGUUAUGUCAACUGAAAGUUGUCAAUGCAAAUCCCUGUAAGUUCUAUUUUUGCAUACAAUUUUCAAAGAAUUGGUAAGCUUAUGCAAUUUUAUUUUGGGUCUUGCUAACACAGGGAUGAUACCAGCUGCCAAGCAGAAUGGAAUAACUGCAUUAAAAAAGAAAUUUAAAAAUGUCCGUGACUGUGGAAUUACCUGUGCUUUUCUUGUCAGCAGCCUAAUUUCAAGGCUAAAGCUGCCCAGGAGAAUCCAGCUUCAAAAAAUGUGUUUUAAAAGUAGAAUUCCAUGACUGUAAAUAUGCAAUUUGUAUAGUUGACUGCUGUGAUUUAAAAUUCUUGCAAGUUUUGCAUAAGGAGCUGUUCUUGCAGCAGACCGUUGUGCAUUACUGGUGACACCCACAGGAAAUCAGCAAGUCAAGGGCUUUUUUAAAGGCUGAUGUGGUAUGCUGAGCUAGAAGCUCUGAAACAAGAAGUUUGCUUCUGUGUUGGUUUUCAUCACUGGCCAUCAACAGCAAGGAGAGCAAUUCUAUCUUUUGCUGGCUGGCAAAUUUUUCAGAUGAUGCCUGAAGCACAAUUGGCUGUCACUUGCUUCUGUGCUGCUCUAUUAGCUGUGUAAUGCUGACAAUAAAAACAAGGUGUCAGUUUGCUAACAAAGUAUGAAUAAAAAAGAAAUACAGAGAAUAUCUAUAUGGCAUCAAGUUGCAAUUUUUAGUGACUUAUAAAACAGAGAGUCUCCACCUAUAAAUACAGUCAUUCUUCCUAAAUGAGGAGACAGCUUACAGUGCUGAAUACUUUAUAUACAGAGGUAAAUCAGAAAAUGAGCAUUUAGUGACAUUAGAGAACUAUGCUAUGCUUAACAAUAGAAAUAAAAUUUCCUUUAUGAAUUUUGAAUAUUCAUUAGCCUGGCAGAGCAGCUAAAGCAAUUUGCAAAAAAUAAAAGGUCAAGAAAACGAAACAGUAUGUGAAUUGUAUUUCUCUUGAGAAUGGUAUGUCAGCAGAAUUAUUCAGAUCUGGUUUAAGUUACUUAUUCUUGUAGUCAACUUUUUUGUCAUAUAUGCUUAGAAAUUCAUGUUUAUGUGGAAUGGUUCCUACUUUUUGAUAUAAAGCAAACUUUAGCGUAAUUUUGCAGCUUUGUUCUAAGCAAUGCAAAGGCCCAAAAUUACCAGAAUGCAUUUAUAAUUUUUUUUUUAAUAAGAACUAAAAUUUGUAAGGCAGGGAGAGUAAGUCAUGAACUAAAUUGUGCCAGCACACGUUUUUCAAAGCAUAGGUUGGAGACUGUUACAUGCGGUGUGAUAUAAGGGUGAAAAGAUGCUUAAUGCUGUCUUGUCACCUUUAAAGUUUAUAUUCUUUUUUAGCACAGCAUGAUUCCCUUACUGUUCUUUCUUCCUGUAGUCAACAUUUUUCUGGGGAAAGGAAAGGGCUUUUAAGGACUUGAAUUUCUCAAGCUGUUCCAAAGUUCAGGUUGGAAGUCCACAUGUUCCCAUUUUAGAAAUAAAAAAAAAAAAAUCUGUAAAGAAUGCCGUAAUUCUUGCUAACAUGAGUAUAAAUGUAGAAAACAACAUAGAGCAUAUCCAUGCAUACAUACAAGAACAAAUGGGUGCCUUGCUUUUCAUUACUCUUUCUUGCCUGGCUAUCUUCAUUUUUUAAACAAAGCUAUGUACAGGUACUGCAGUUAUAAUUUUUCAUUAUGGAGCAUUAGCAUUUAGUCUUGAUGAAACAGGGUUUUCUUGAUUACAUUUGACAUACAAUAAACUACUUCAGCAGACUGGGAUUUGAUGGAGAAUCAUGGAUUAUGUUUUUGACAAAUGUGUCCCUGCCGAGUGUUCCUUGGGGAUGUGGAAUGUCUCCAAUACCUGGGAAAGGUAAUAAUUCUAGUUUUUAUUGUACAAUGACUGCAUGUCAUCUUGUACGAUGAAAAAGAAAUUACAAAUACAGAGGUCUUUGGCAGAAGGUGGUACAGGGUAUAAAAUCAUAGAUUUUUAUUAAGUUAAUUAAUACUCCAUUUAAAAUACAGAAUAUGCUUUAGUUAGUAAAUGUUUAAAUAAUAUAAUGAAACAGACAGAAGAUGCUGUUGAAAGGAGUCCUCCAAACUGAUGUGCUGGCAAAUGCAAAGUACUAGUGAGCUGUUGAAGAUUAAACCAUUUUGCAAUGCUUUAGUGAUUUUCUCCAGCUUUAUGCCAUAGGAACCCCAUCUCUCCUUUGGAAAGAAAACCUGAAAGCUCUAUUUCCUAAACUGCCUGCACUACAACAGUAUAUUCAAAGGAAUUUCAUAUGCUUCUUGUGUCUGAUAAAUAGAAUUUGCAUAUUGUACUUAAGUUGUAAUCCAGUUGUUGUUGACAUUUGUUUAAUUAUUAUUAUUUUAGGGGGGGAAAUAAGCUAUACUGUAGCAUUUCAAUUGUGUAUUUAAUAUUAUUAUUAGAAAUUGCUAGACCAUUGGAAGACAGCAAUGACUGUAUUGACAUUGAUUAGCAUGAUGUGGAAAAUCUCUCAGCUGUUUGUUUUUGCAAUGUGAUAUAAAAAGCAAAAAUGAACCGCUGUGCAGUUUGGCUUAUGUUUGCUUUCAAGUGUGUAAAGUUUUAGUUAUUUUGCAAAUCUGUACUGUAUUUGAGGGUAUACAGUUAUGAAGGUAACAAUUGUUUUUCAAAGGACAGAUAAACUUACUCUUGGAUCAUAUGAUGUAUCAUCUUAAUUUGGCUUUUGUUAUGCAGAAAGUUAACACCAGCUAUUAAAAUAUAUUUUAGUAGAAAUGCUUUAAUUCCUGUUUCUUCCUCUACACUGUGAAUAUUUAAGCUUUGGUGGACUAGAGCAACAUCAUGCUGCCCAAAGUACUAACCUAUGCAACCUAGUUCACAUUUUAGUUGAUGUCACAGUGGAUGUAACAUAACAAUUUAUUUUGCAUAACAUUAAACUUCAUUCAAAUAAAAUAUUAAACCCA